GGCGGCUCUUGGGGCCGCGGCGGGAGGCGGGCGCUGAAGGCGGGCGCUGGGCCGCGCUCGCUGGGCCGCGCUCGCUGUUUGGGCACAGGGGGCGGGCCUGACCUUGCCCGCGGCCGCGGCGGGGUGAAUGUCGGUGCCGCGACGUUACCGGAGGCGCUUCCUGCUCGCGGGGCACGAGAAUCGGUGUGUAUUCUCCAAAGCCAUGGGUUUGUCUGCGUCCUCGCCGGCUGCCGUGGGUCAGUCGCCAAAUGCGUCCAAGCAGCAUCACACGGCGUCUCUGCCUUCAGAAUGUCCGAUGCACCAGGCGAAAAUGAGUGGUUGUCCAAUGCAUAAGAAGACUCGCGAUCACAGAACUGAGAAUGCAGAAGAUGUUCCUGCACAUCAAGAAAGAGCAUACGAAUAUGUAGCAUGUCCAGUGACAUCUGGUGCAUCUCAAAUGAAGGAUGACAUAGAUCCUAGCAAUAUGAUGCCGCCUCCUAACCAGCAGCCAUCCCCAGGUCAACCCUUUCCAUUGUCAACUGUCAGAGAAGAAUCUUCCAUUCCUAGAGCACAUUCUGACAAGAAGUGGGUCUACCCUUCAGAGCAGAUGUUCUGGAAUGCUAUGCUAAGAAAAGGGUGGAGGUGGAAAGAUGAUGACAUAACAAGUGAGGACAUGACCAACAUUAUUAAGAUUCACAACCAAAAUAACGAGCAAGCCUGGAAGGAGAUUCUGAAGUGGGAAGCUCUCCAUGCUGUGGAAUGUCCGUGUGGACCAUCACUGAUGCGGUUUGGAGGCAAAGCAAAGGAAUAUUCACCGAGAGCCAGAAUACGUUCAUGGAUGGGGUACGAACUUCCCUUUGACAGGCAUGACUGGAUUGUUGACCGAUGUGGAAAGGAAGUGCGAUACGUUAUCGAUUACUACGAUGGUGGAGCAGUAGACAAGAACUACCAGUUCACUAUCCUGGAUGUUCGCCCUGCCUUUGACUCCCUCUCAGCUGUAUGGGACAGAAUGAAGGUAGCUUGGUGGCGGUGGACUUCCUAACUACUCCUGUGGUGUGUAGCCAACAUGUGAACCACUCUCCUCCUAGAUUUAAGGAUGAGUGAAUACUAGGACUUGACACAGAAGUUCAAUGCAACUGUUGAUAUUUUCAUCAUCGCCACUGUUCUUUGGGUGGUGGGAAGGGAGGGUGGGGAAAUCCGUUGUUAAGUACACCAAUGCUUCAUGGUGGUUUGAAAGAACUAACAAAGUUAUAGUAGCAAAAACUUGUAUCUUAAUUUUCUUAAGAGCUAGGAGAGCUAUUCUUACUUUGUCCCAGCUCAGAAAGCUUGCCUUCAUUUCCUGACUCCAGUGCUGCACCACAUACAUUAGCUACCUGAGUCUGACUGGAGUUCUGAGUAUUAAACAGUGAAAACUGGAAAUUUAACAUAGUUCAGUAUUUGGAUACUUAGAUGAUGAAUAAAGUGACUGUUCCAAACUGCAUGUUUUAUUAACUAUAUAAAACCAUUUAUUUGUUUUCACGUUAGCACUUUACCAAUUCAAAUAUGUGCUUCCUCAGAAAACUUUAGUCCAGUUUAUUCUGUUAGAAGUAUAGUAUGAGUAUUUUUGAAGGUAUGCUAAACUGAAAAGGAGGAUAUACUCAUGCCUUAAUCUGCAAUCUGUCUUUGAAAAAGAGAACAUCUGUUAGAAGCAGAAAGUGUCAGUUACUCUAAAAGGAGAUAAAAUUAGUAUUUAAUGGCUAUUUAUUUUGAGCAUUUAAAAGGUUUGGUUUCUGAUGUAAGAAAACAGUAUUCUUUGUAUUUUCAUGUCUUUAAUGUGUGUCUCCUGUAAUGCAUUCGGGGCAGAAUUAAGCCUUAUUUAAAGAAACUGUCAUGUUGUGCACCUGUAUUUUGCAUCUUGCCUUCAUCAACUGAACCAUAGCGUGGGGUUUUUAUAUACUACAGAAUUGCACAAAGGUGUAUGACUACACAGUCCUACAUAUUUCUGCAGAGCGGUUAUAGGGAGGGCUUUUACAGAUGUGUGUAUAACUUGGCUAAAAGGGUAUCAAAAGUGCCAAGGCAUAAGGUUGAUUUGAGUGUUUCCUAAGAGUGAUGCAUGUUAAUGCUGUGUGGUUUGAAGAUUUCAUUAAUGUUCAUGCUUAAUAAGGGAAACUUAACUUUCUUUGAAGUCUUCCACUGAAAUAGCUUUAAAUUUCAGGUGCCACAUGUCCCUAAAUUUAAAUGAUUCCUUCCUUUCAGCAUAUAGUACUUCUGAGAAUGAGUCUUCCAUACAAAACACUUGGGAAUGGAAGAUGAGAGUUGCACAUUGUAGCUUCUCAAGUGGGAGAAGCUACAUGAAACUUCCCAACCUUAACAGGGAACCAGCUGUACAUUCGUAUUUGGAAAGUGGCUAUUUUUAACUGAGGGGAAAGCUCCUCAAUGUUCCAGUCAAGUAACUUGCCAAAUUGUUCAGGAAAGCUUCUAUACUUUAAGGGUAUUGGUUGAGAUGAAUGGUUCCCACUUCAGAAGCAACUGUCCUGCAUGGUAAGAAUAAAUACUACCCAGAAAUCCAGAAUCCUAAGAGAAAACCACACUUUUACCCCUGUCCACUCCUUAAUUGCUUUUGAGUGAUUCAUACAUACAUAUAUAUAAAUGAAAAAUAGUUUUGGGGAAAUAAAAAUCUUCAUCUGAGUAAGCAAUGUAUCUAUGAGCUUUGAGAAUUGUGUGAGCUUGUCUGAGGCAUAUCUGAUAAAGAGCUGCUUCUCUCUCUCGUACAGUGAAGACUGAGGCUCAUUCUUUUUGAGGUGGGUUGUUUUGGUUAAUUGGUUUAUACCUCAGUAACUUGGCACACACAGAACUGUGUAUUUCUCGCAACUACAGAUGGAAAGAGCACACCAGUGGAGGGAGUGCUUCAGGAGCUUCCAGAGAAUGAGUUUGUGUUGUUGAUUUGGGAAGCGUGAUGUUGAAAUUGUGAUAGCUGCUCAAUCUGGUGAAAGGUGGCUCUCAUGCCACGUGCAUGGAUUGAAAACGGCUCUUUUCUGUGCUGCUCUUAAUGAAAUGUACUACUUUGAGUCUCCUUUUUGUUUGAUGACAAAUAAAUAUACUUUUCUUAACCGUG